AUGGCGUUUAGUGGGCCGCUUUUCGGGUCUGUGGCGGCGUGUCUUGUACUGCUGCUCAUUUCGGCCAGCAGUAUUAACUGCCAACCAGUCGCUCUGCCGGAUAUUUCAUCGUACGAUAACGUGGCGAUGUUGAGCGACGGAUUCGAGCUGCACUGGAGCGUGAACGACACUGCAGCAACGAUUAGCAUUGCCGCGAAGGCUCAGACCGCCGGAUGGCUCGCUAUAGGCCUCUCCGAAGUUGGCACGAUGGUAGGAUCUGAUGUUCUCGUCGCAUGGGUCGCAGAGGGGCGCGUGUAUGUGACUGAUCGGUUCAUCUUCAACAAGUCGGUGGAAGGCGUCGCAUUGGACGACCAGCAAGACUGGCGCGUUCUGGGUGGCUUCCAAACCACGGACCAAUCCACGGGCGACACGUGGACCACCGUGCACGUGUGGCGCCAGCUGGACACUGGCGACUGCAACGACCGCCCCGUCGUCGCCGGGCGACUGCAGAACGUCAUCUGGGCGACGGGCGAAACCAACGAAUUUGGUUACCAUGGGACGUCAUCUCGUGGCUCCGCGGCGCUCGUGCUGCUCCCCGCGCCAGCCCCCUCCAUCCUUGCACCCCCGUCGCCCCCUUCCGCCUCUUCCGCGUCCGCGGAAGCGGGCAGUCAGCGCGCCGCGGAUCUCGGGCAGGCGAGCGGGCAGGUGAACGGGCAGGAGCAGCAGCUGAACUGGACUCUGAGCAACUUCGCAGUGCCUGCUGAUAACGCCACGACUUAUUGCUUCUACCUCUGUCUCUGCCCCACGUCCCCGCCUCGUCCCUUUCCCCCCUCUCAUAACGGAACGUUUGACUUGCCAUUCACCAGCAAGGUGCACAUAACAGAGUUUGGUGUGCUCCUCAACUCCACCUAUCCGCCCUCCGUGCAUCACGCCAUUGUCUAUGGCUGCUCCGAGGCGGAAUACCCAAACAUAGCCAAAGUCAAGGGUCAAUUUGAUUGCAUCACCGCACCCCCCCCCUGCCUCACAACCAUUGCCAUGUGGGCUAUAGGCGGCCGCCCCUUUGUCUACCCCGAUGGGGUGGGCUACCCUGUGGGGCCCAGUUACUUCACCAGAUUCGUGCUCCAGGUGCACUUGAACAACCCUGACCUCCGUUCUGAUAAAGUGGAUAACUCUGGCUUCUACCACCGGCAUGCCCUCGUGGACCCAAACCACCACGCACCCUGUAGGGCUUCAACCCUCCCCCCUCCCUCUCCCCCCCUUCCUCUCCCCCCCUCCCUCUCCCCCUUCCCCCUCUCUUGUUUCACUCCCCAGGUGCACCUGAACAAUCCUGAUCUGCGUGCCGACAUCGUUGAUAACUCCGGGUUCUACCUCAGGAUAGCUGAACCCCCUCGCCCCACGGACGCCGGCAUCAUGCUCACGGGUCCGGUGGAUUACACCUCGCUCAUCCGCAUCCCCCCCCAGCAUGCCCUCGUGGACCCAAACCACCACCAACGCCAAUCCGCAGCAAGUGCAGCCCAUCUAUCCACAUUUCCAGCUGCUGCCUCAUGUCUCUCUCUUUCCUCUCCUCCUGACCCUCUUCCCGCUCUUCCCUCUCUUCCCGCUCUUCCCUCUCUUCCCGCUCUUCCCUCUCUUCCUGCUCCUCCCUCUCUUCCCGCUCCUCCCUCUCUUCCCUCUCUUCCCUCUCUUCCCGCUCUUCCCGCUCUUCCCUCUUCUCCCUCUUCCCUCCCAAAUCCCUGUCACAGUGAUUCCAAUUCGCAGCAAGUGCAGCCCAUCUACCCGCACUACCAGCUGCUUCCAGGGGACGAGCUCAAGACCACGUGUGUGUGGGACUCCUCCUCCCGCUCCCAGGUGACACCUGGCGGCCCAUCCACGAGUGAUGAGAUGUGUGUAGAUUACCUCAUCUACUAUCCAGCCAGGCCGACCCAAGGUGGGCAGUGGGGGGAUGGGGAGAGCGUUGGGCCGGGCCAAAUGCUCGGUUCGUGCUUUGACUUCUGUGCGGCAUUCAACACUGUCAACAACACAUUUGACAUGAACCCUAUGAACCCCAACCUCACCACCUUUUACUUUUGCGGUGGCCUUGAGAACCCCUACGUGCCCUCAACACAAAAGUGCAACAUCAGCCAUGGCGCCAAUGUGCCUUUCAAGGCUCUCACCGGCUGCCCUGCUAAGACUGCUGGCUCUUUGGCUGACCUUUCAAGCAGCGCCAUUUCAGUCCCAGUGUCAUCGCCCGCUAACACCACGGCACCACCUUCUCCUGCUAGCCCUCCCAACAACACGACUGGCAGCACCAACGCUACCAAGGCCGCUCCAGCGUUAUUUGUCAAGGUCUCUGUGGGACUCUUUUGUGUCUUCUCUGUUCUCAUUGUAGCGUUGUAG